AUGAAUUUGAAGCUUAUUUCAUGGAAUGUCAGAGGUCUGAAUGAAGUUGGCAAGAGGCUUCAGAUUCGCAACUUGUUGCGAUCCUGGAAGGUUGAUAUUGUGUGUUUGCAAGAGACCAAACUAGAGUGGAUUACGAGAGGUAUUGUUCGAAGUAUAUGGAGUUGUCCAUAUGUAGAUUGGUUGUACUUGGGCUCAGAUGGUGCUUCUGGAGGAAUUUUAUUGAUGUGGAAUAGCCGAGUUGUGGAAAAGGUGGAGGAAGCGGUGGGGCAUUUUUCGGUUUCUUGCAAGUUUAAAAAUGUUGGCGACCAAUUUGAGUGGGCUUUUUCAGGCGUUUAUGGGCCAAAUUUGAACAAUAGGCAGCGUUUGGGGGCUGCUAGCUUCUCCAGGGCUAUGUUUGGAUUUUCUGACUUUGUUUCAUUGCAUGGGUUGAUGGAUAUUCAUAUGGAAAGGGGCCUUUAUACCUGGUCCAAUUCUUCCUCCGCUUCUCGGCUAGACCGGUUCCUUUUCUCCCCUACUUUGGCAGAUCACUUCACUCAGUUCACCCAAAAAAGGAUGUCUAGAGUUCUUUCUGACCACUUUCCUAUAUUGUUGGAGGGUGGGAGUCAGCAAAGAGGUAAAAUUCCUUUCCGUUUUGAAAAUAUGUGGUUGAGGGUGAAUAAUUUUGUCAACAAAGUGAAGAUGUGGUGGGCAUCCUAUUUGUUCCAAGGAACCCCAAGUUUUAUUCUUGCUAAGAAGUUGGCUGCCUUGAAGUUGGAUUUAAAAAAGUGGAAUGAGACCGAGUUUGGCAAUGUCACUUUUAAGAAACAAGACCUUUAG